AUGGUCACGACACUACUGGUUACAAGCCACCAACGAAGAAAUCUGGGGGGUCCAGCACUCGUCAGGGUGCUGGAAGCCAGCACUCAGCACCAGUCACUUCCUGAAACACACAUUGCAGAAACAGCCGUCGAGGAGGAGUUGAACAAAACUUCCGCUGCUGCUGAAGUGGCCGCCGAUACCUCUCAGCCAGAAACCGAUCCGGAGGAAAACACGCUUAACGCUCUAAUCGACGAGGGCGAAGGUCCUGGCGAGGAUCAGGAGCAAGACGAGGGGGAGGGACAUCCCGACGAGUGCGAGUUAGCCGAAACUCCCAUUGCACUGCCUCAGGACGAUCCGGCCGAGGAUGACCGUCCCGAGAGUCGAAGGCGCAGCGCCGAUAUCGCUGGCCUUAUGGGCGGUGACGCAGGAGCUCACGCGUCAGCGCGUGGGAAAAAGCCGAAGCAACCAGCUCGACCGAUUCCGGUUAAUGAGCAGGUGGCACAUAGCCGAGACAUGGAGCGUACGAUUGCGCAACAGGCCGACACACUCGCGGCCCUCCGUCAGCAGCUGGAAGAGCAGGAGCAGGAGACUGCACGAAUGCGAGCUGUCGUUGCUGCUCGCCAGCCGCCUGCCCCAGCAAGGACUAGCCCCGGCCCGUCAUCUUCCAACAGCCAGACUACCGGAGCUGGUGUUGGUUUGCUGCACGCAACAGCGCAGCGCAGCAGCCCGUUGGCGACCACCAACGCGCCUGGGCCAGCGACCGCACCAGUCGUGCGGGACGGUGCGGCAAUCCCCGCUGUGCUCCUGGACCUAUCAUUUUUCAAGCAAAAGUGCAACGACGCAGUGAACUAUUUCAUUGGGGGUGCUCCAGCGAGUGAGCAGACCUUUUACCCCACCCAGGCACAGAUUAGGCGCAAGGUGCAGGAGCUGUACGAAGAUGUCGGCGUGCCUGCUGACAUGUUCAACCGUGUGAUGGCCGACAAUCCGGAGCGCGAGAAGAUUCCGUUACAGAAAAUGUCAGAGCGCCGCUGCAACAUCUUCACGGCGACCAAGCCAUUCGCCCAUGGCCCUGGUGGCUUUGUGAGCGAGAGCAAGGUGGCGCUCCUCGUGGCUGAGAAUCUUGCGCCCACGAGACGACGCACUCCUUCGGAGUGGCACGCACACUUUCGUGAUGAGGUGUAUGGUUCGAACUGGCACUGCGAUGGAUCUGGCCACCCCUUCGCCAACCGCUCGUUUGAGCUUUCCUUGUGCAAGGGACUUGGCGGCAAGCGAUGCAACAGGAUCAAUGUGAAGAUCCCUGCUGUUGCCACGAUCUGCCACGUGGUGGAGUGGCCAAUGGCAAACCACAAUGGUCGUGCAAACCCGUCCCUGGAUGCGUCAGACAAGAACAAUAGGGCCGCAGUAGCUGCAAAAAUUCUCGUUGUAACUGCAUGGAUCAAGGCCCUGCUGGAAGCUGGUGAACCCAUCUACACCAACGAGGCACCAGCAGGGUUUGUCCUGGGCAGUGGCGCAGUGAAAAUCCUCGUCGAAGGAUUUGAAGCUGUCUCCCUACCCCCCUCCUCCUCCGUUUUGGUUCAUGCUGCAGCAAAGACCUCCGCUGAUGCAGUCGACAUGCUGCCAGCGCCUAUCUGGUUUCGAAUUUUCCACCUUCUGCAUCUGCCGCCCUCCCAACUGGACGACCCUGCUAUCCUCGCCAAAAGGAAAGCCCCUGAGGAUCCCACUGCGAAGACAGCGCGAUUGGCUGCCCGUGAGGCUGGAUGGAUCCGCUCUCCUGGGUCCACUGCCUGGCAACCGUGGGGCCACCCUGCAUGCAGCUCUGGGCUCACUGCCUGGGGCCAGCUAGCCCAGCUGGGCCUCCCUGCAAACAGCAGCACAGGGCUUACUUCCCAGCUGGGCCAGCUGGGCCGCCCUGCAAGCAACACAGGGGCCACUGCCUGGGGCAGGAUGGCCCCUCCUGCAAGCAACACAGGGCUUACAUCCCACCUGGGCCAGCUGAGCCACCCUGCAAACAACGCUGGGUUUACUUCCCACCUGGGUCAUCCUGCAAGCAGCACAGGGCUUCCUUCCCAGCUGGGCCAUCCUGCAGGCAGUAAGGGGGUCACUCCCUGGGGCCAGAUGGGCCAACCUGCAAACAACACAGGGCUUACUUCCCAGCUAGGUCAGCUGGGCCACCCUGCAAGCACCACAGGGCCCACUGCCCAGCUGGGCCUCCCUGCAAGCAGCGCAAAGGCCACUGCGUGGGGCCAGCAGGGCCACCCUGCAAACAGCGCAGUGCGUGCUUUCCAGAUGUUCCACGCCGAAUUUGGCCAGCUGGGCCGCCCUGCAAGCAGCGCAGGGCUCACUGACUGGGACCAUCUGGGCCAUCCUGCAAGCAGCGCAGGGCUUGCUGCCCAGCCGAAUCACCCUGCAAACAGUACAGGGCUCACUGCCUGGCAAGCGCAGGGCCUCCCUACAAACAGCAGCACAGAGCUUGCUUCCCAGCUGGGCCAGCUGGGCCACCCUGCAAGCAGCGCAGGGCCGACUGCCCAGCUGGGCCUCCCUGCAAACAGCACAGGGGUCACUGCCUGGGGCCAGAUGGGCCACCCUGCAAGCAGCGCAGUGCGCGCUCUCCAGAUGUUUUACACCGAAUUUGGCCAGCCGGGCCACCCUGGAAGCAGCGCAGGGCUCACUGCGUGGGACUGGCAGGGCCACCACCCUGCAAGCAGCGCGCAGAGGGGGACCGGGACCAACGACCAUCUCACCAACACCAGGGUUGAUUGCAAGCCACCAGUUGUGUUACGGAAAGAGGGCCUCACUGCCAGUGAGCAGCAUGAGAGAAAUUCUGACACUUAUGGUGCAUCAUGGGCUCUGCUCUGCUGUGCUCUCGCCAGCAAGAGGCUUCUCAAUCUUGUCCUGCGGGAGCUGCACUUGGGGCGGGGUAUGUGGAGUCUCAACAAGCAGUGUGUGAACGCGGCAUGGCUCAAGUCGAUCCGCAAGCUGACUUUAGAGCAUGCGGAUUUUGAGAGCUUGAGCUUCCAGUUUCUCGGGACCAUCACGCCGCAGCUGCACGAGUUUACGCUCUAUGAGGACGGCAACAUUUUUCGCCUCCGUGAUGCCAUAGGAGCUCACCCUCACCGUGUCGGCCUCUCAAUCAUGGCCAAAAAGCUCGUGAUCUCCUGCAAGAGCACCGCCCCUCUUGCUCUCCACCACCUCUCGCUGCACGGCCAGGAGCGCCUCGUCGUCUCCUCCCUUCCCCUCGCGUACGCCAGGGUUGCCUACUUGGACGGCCCUGGAAAGGAUGAAGAUGGUUCUUCCUGGACUGAAUUGCUUGGCACUAUAGCGCCAACAGUGGAGGUGCUUAUAGUGAGGCAUGGGAUGUCCUUAAAGAGGGUGGAUGCAGAGUGGGGAAGGCUGCGGAGCCUUGGGAUUGUCCUGCCACCUUGGGACAAAGAUGCUCGUGCGAACAACUGGGAAAUGGGAAUGGGCACAGAUGGUGGUGAGUGUGAGGAGCAUUUAGACGAUGGCAGGUUGCGGUUUUCUUGGGAAGAUGACCCGGCCAUAAAAGCCAGGAUGAGGGCUCGGCGGCGGAUGAAGAAGGCCUUCCCCAAGCCGCCGCCCAUCUGCGCUCCGAAUCUGCGGUUUCUCUUCUUCCCCACCCGCAAGGCGUGCAAUGCGCCCACACUGGCUGCACUGCGGCAGGACUACCCCGCCCUGGCGCUCUACUGUGUGGUGGACCGCUCCUUCUACUGGGAGAGGAAAGGCAAGACGGUGAGCAAUGCGCCGCUGGAGCAUGUGAGGAGCGAGAAGAGUGGGGUGUGGGAUGAAGAAGAGGGGAUGCAGCGGGCCAAGAAUGUGAGGGAGAAGAUGCACAAUGUGAACAGGAAGCUGGUGGAGGGGUACUGUGCUGGGGAGGACCAGAUGUACGUGCUGCAGUACCAGUAG